UGCCCGGGUCCUCCUAGCCCCCUGUAAUAGUUUUUUAUACAACGCCUAUUGAGGCCCAAGAAAAAAAAAUGAAAUACUAAAACUCCCCACAGAGAAUCACUGUACAACUGAGUGCUCCUGCUGUUAAUUCUGUGGAUGAAUUGCACAACAGUGCCUGGAGCUGAAAGAUCAGUGAGAUGUUCUUUUAACCAUUUCAAUACCGGGCAAUUUUACACCUUCCUGCCCAGGCCAGUUUUCAGGUUUCAGCGCUCUCACAUUUUGAAUGACAAUUGCGCAGUCAUACAACAUUGUACCCAAACUAAAAUUUUAUCAUUUUCUUCACACAACUAG